CACAUUAACAGACAAACAUAUAUUUUUCGUCCCUGUUGUCUCAAUGUUAAGUUUGAUUUUUACAAAGCAGAUAUAAACUUCACUUUUUGUAACGUUUUAUCUCCAGGGUACUCAGUGGAAUUAUCCAUACUGUUGAAUUAAAGCGUGUAGGUGAUUCAAGUAACCCCAGAGAGCAAUGAAAACCCUACGUUUGGCACUGCGGCCAUUUCUAGUGUCACUUCAAAGAACCAAGAACAGGCUUUUUGCACCUGAUCUCCUGCUUUACACUAAUACUGCAAUCACAGUUGCAAUGUCCAUCUCUGGUGACUUGAUGCAGCAGCACUAUCAAGCUAUCAAGAAGCCGAAAGCACCUGACUGGGACAAGAGAAGAACUACUCACAUGGCCUUGGCAGGGUUUGUUAUAGGACCUUUUGCACACUACUGGUAUGUUCUCUUAGAUCGUUUACUGCCUGGCCGGACAGCCCGAACUAUGGUAAAAAAGGUGCUUCUGGACCAGUUGGUAUGCUCACCGGCAUACCUGAUGUUACUGAUGGUGAGUCUAGGAGUGCUUGAAGGCCAGACAUUGAGUCAGCUUAAGACAGAGAUUAAGAAUAAAGGAGCUGUUCUCUAUCUGGGAGAGUGGGUUGUCUGGCCUCCAGCUCAAGUAGUUAACUUUUACUUUCUUCCAUUAAAGUAUAGAGUUGUGUAUGAUAACAGCAUCUGUUUACUGUAUGAUAUAUUUUGGUCCUAUGUGUGGUAUGACAUGGACAAUUAUGAUUCAAAGAGAGAAGGAAAAUCUGAACAAACUAUUUUAAAUUCAGAAGGGGCUGGGGGUAAAUUUAUAUGUUCGAUGAAAUUAGACAAUGAUUUGAUACAUUACACAUUUUAGACAAUUUUUUGUGAUAAUGUUUUCUUCAUACUCACAGAAGUAUCCUGAUAUUUUAUCCAAUAGCAUAUUUAUGAAACUCAUGCUGAGAGGGGAGACUGACACUUUAAAAUGUUUUGUUAUGCAGAAUGUGUAAUUUGCGCAAAUUUGGUAAAGUAACAUUAGCCACUCUUUCAUUCCAAUUGUCAGUUUAUUUUUUGUAGUAGCUUGUUCAGUCCUGAUGUUAUGUUGCUGAGGGUAAAGGACACAAGAAACUUUGCCAUGAUGGAAUUAACAAUAUAAAAAUUUGUUAUCAUAACAUUAACUGUUUCAGUUGUUUUAUGCCACCCUGUUUUCCAUGGUUUAAAUUCAUAUUGAUUUUUAUGAUGCUUAAACUAAAUUAUAAAGAUUUGUACACUAUUAUGAAAUAUUAUAUAAAUAUGUUUAAAAGUGAAUAUUGUGUGAGAUGUACACUGAACAUAACAUUGAUUACAGUAAUAGAUGGCAGCUUUCGAGAAUGUGUGACAGAAUCGGAUGAAAUGAACAACUGUAAUGAGCUUGUAAUGUACAUAGUCUGGACUUCUGCUUUUUAAAGUAAGGUAGCAGGAUACCUGACUAUAAAAAGAAAAAUCCUCCAUAUUUUAAACUGAUAUUGUAUUUGGCGCCACAUGAGCAUGGUUGGAAAGACUUUUCUGAAGGGUUUUGCUCUACAGGUUGCAUUCUUUGAGGGAUUAUAAGCCAACAAGGAACUGAAGCUCUCCAUGACAAAUGCAUGCUUCAGAUUUGAGUACGAUGACCAUCUAACUUUUGUUCCUCUCAUUUCCUCUUUGGCAUAAUGCUUGAUGCAGGCCAAGUAUUGUGGUUAUUUGGAAAUUUGUUAAGAACAUCAUUUUUGAUGCUGUACUCUUAAGGAACUAGUGGGGUACAAAAUGCUUUUCUAGCGAUUGGGUAAUGAUCAAUACAAGAUACAACUUUCUUGAAUAUGGGUAAAUACAUCCCUUCCAUUCUUGAGAUUCAUGCUUACAAAUAUCAACAUGGGAUAUCCCAUGUGACCCUUUAUCAACCCUCUGGCCCAGAGACUGUUCUUGCUGGAAUCACCACUGGUUUUGUGCAAGCACGGCAGCAACCUGUUAACUCCUGCCAUUUUACAGCCUUUUCUUAAAUGGAUUGUAAAGCGCAUUGAGUCUGGCAGAUGCUGGAGAAACAUGCUAUACAAAUGUGCUCAUUAUUAUUAUUAUUACCAAAACAUUGAAAAGUAAAUUGGCGCUCCACUAGUCCUUAAAAUGAAAUGUAUCCACAAAACAGUUAUACUUUGCUGUAUAGAACAGGUUGAAUUGUGUUGUAUAUACCUUUUGUUGGGAUUGUUCAGUGACCUUCAGAUUUUGUGUAACAGGCAGACGUUUUCAACAGCAUAUGUCCAGUUAGGAGAAUUCCAUCAGCUCCCUUCAGACUGCAGAUAUUCUGUGUGUGUGCAUGCAGGACCAACAGACUGACUCUGUCCCUUGUUAUGUUGGCAUUUCUUUUGAAUGCUUUCACGUGCAAAUGAAUUGUGAUCAUAUAGGAGACUGAAUUGUGGUUGUAUGGGGGUCUCGCUGAUGUGGGUAUAAAUGUAUGAUGAUAUUGUUGAUUUUUGUUAUUGUGCUGUGUGUAGUGCUUGCUUUCUUAUAGAACUGCUACUAAUUGCCUUCUGGGAUAAAUAGUCUUAUAGGUCAAUUUCUAAGUGAUAUGUAGGUCAGUUUUAAAAAACAUAUGCAUUUGUAGAUAUGCCCACACACACAAAUGAAAGUGUAGGCAAUCACAACACAAGAAAAGGUGCAGUGUUGUUAGGACAAAAGGGGCAAGUGAAGGUAUUUCUCGAACAUCUUUACAGAGCUGCUUUAUUUUUUGUUAUUGAAUAUAGGCUAUGCCUAUAUGCAAAAGCAAUAGAUAUUUGAAAUUAUUUUUACCUUCUGAAGUUCAGCUGCGCAACAGUAGAUGGAUGUUGAUGUGUUUGUGUACACAGGUGUGUUUUUAAUGUUUGUAAAAGAUGUAAAUUGCACUUUUUUUUUAUCAAUCUUGUGUUUUGCUGUGAUGCACCAAUUCUGCAUUGUUUUGUUUUGUAACCAAGCACUCUUUAUAAUUUAUAUUAUGUAUUAUCUCUUGGUCAGUUAUCUCAACUCAGAAUGAAAUAUUGUAUUUGUAACAGCUUAAAUACUCUACAUUAUGGUAUCAGUUUGAAGUGUGCAGUUUUGUGUAAUAUGUGGCAAUAGGACAGGUAGCAUGAAUCAGAAAAGAAAAACUCUAGAAGUAUCUAGGCAUUUCAGUCACCGUUUAGCUGUGUGUGAGCGCACGUGUGUGUGUCAGGGAUUUUAGGGGGAGACGCAAACUUUAAUACUGAGUAAACAUGCAUCUUUUUUUCAUUGCCUUUUUUAACUUAGAUGAUACAAGGCCCUACUUAUUUCUUGCUAAACCACAGCCAGUUUUUAUAAUUUUCAGACAGCUUUUAACCUUUAACUGUGACUGAACUCUCCCCAGAAAAAAGCCCCAAACUGAAGUACAAGUCAUUGUUUAUACUUGACCAGCAAAUUUAACAUUUUCAGACCGAUUGCUUGAGCAGCAUCAUGUAAAAAUUAACGACAAACCUGUAAAAAUUAACUAGCUCUAAAAUACUUGUAUAACCGCUGCAUUUAGUUGUAAUAGAGGAAAAAAUGCAAAAAGAUAAUUUUCUCAAAGCGAGAAAUGUACAUUGUUAAAUGCAUACACCUAUGCAAAUGUAUACAGUAUACACAAAAUAAUACAUGUAAAUUAUAAAUCUUUUGGUACAAACCUUAAUACAUGUAUUUGACUUACAAAAAGUUCACUUUGAAACUAUAUAUAAGCUGAAAGUAUCUAUAAAAAAGUAAAUUCUACCGAAUUUUGAAAUAAAUGCAGAAAAAAAUUAAAUUAUCAAUGAACGAGGGAUGGAAUAGUUUCCCACACUCCUGCUCCGUAUUCAGCAGCGCAGUGACCUCAGACAGGGUGAUGUAGCGACCGAAUUUUUGUUUUGGCCCCAGGCUCUUGCUGGAACUGGGCGGCACUGUUUGACAGUGACACUAAGGUUUUUAGUAGCCGCAGCUAACCCACGGAGGCGUAUAGGUAAUACAUUUUCGUGGCUAACCGAUGGCCCGGCCACAUGUUCAGCGAUGUAAAAUCGAAUAUACAAACAUCGGGAUUAUAUAUAUAUAGUGGUGAUGAGAGUUGAUACAGUGCGUUAAGUAUCAGAUGAUUACACUAAAGAACUGAAAUCUUGAUUAUGAACCGUUUUUGAUCGCUUUUACAUAAGGCCUGCAGACGCAUCACAAUAUUUACAGCCGACUUUACUCACGAUCUCAUGACAAAUCGCGUUUUUUCCCCUCCCAAUAAGACAGCAAGAAAGACAACUCCUGUAUUAUUAAUGUCCAUCGCUGCACAAUGUUGCGCCCCUUUAACGAUGAUUUUUGCGAAAUGUACGCUAGCAGCAGAAAAUAUAAAUUCGUCGUUAUUUUUGCUGGAUUUACUUCAUGUGACCAGUGUCGUAACCGAGAGUGACAUACUGACAGGUCACGAGGCUAGGUAUUUGAUCUUAGCGUAGUUAAGGCGCCGGUGAGUGCGAGGACAAUGACCUAUGACCUUUUUGGGUACUCACAGAAGCAAUGAUAAUGAGAAUUCUUCAUUAACAAGAGGUAAAAUAAUCAAGAAUUUUUUUUUCAUUUAGCCCUCUCCCUGUACGGAGAAAUAAUAAACUAAGUACUUGAACUAAUUAAGUACUAUGAGAAUAAUUAGUAGUAAACAUAAGGUAUCAAAGGUUAGUGGAAGGUGAAUAUGUACAAAAGUGGUGGUAAAGAAAAACAUUUACAAGGUUUCCUAGAGUUGGGAGGUCUCAUCUAAUUUUCUUGAAUGUAUUUAGGUAGAUGGCGUCAGAGAAGUUUAGGGAGGGAGGCUAUUCCACAGCAGGCUCCCUGACUAUGUUAGACUAGAUUUAAAUAAGUCUAUUUUAGGAUUGCGAAUAUUAAGUUUUGGAAAAGUUUUAGUGUUAUCGAAGAAAAAUAGUAGGGGGGAAAAAUGUAAAGGUAGUCUCAACCUUAAUGGGGCUAGCUUUUCCCAUCUCUUCUUCCUCCGUACCUUACCUUCCCUCAGUCAACUGCCAACUGGAGAAAGUACGCUGCAUCACACGGGUAUCACACUGGCGCAACUCGGUUAGGACUCCAUUGGUCUAAUCCCUUUAUUGGUUAUUAAUUUCCUCAGUAAGAAGACAAGCAGCUGAAAAAAUAAGAUCAAAAGACUACAGAUAUUUUGAACAUUUAUUUUAAAAAAGAAUAAGUGCUGACAGAAGGAGAGCGAUCGAGAGUUGUACUUUUAUUCUCGGAUCUCGGAUAUGUCAGGACUGGGUGAAAAAGAACAACGCUGAUAAUUACAUUUUUGUAUAUUUUUAUACUGGUAUACGUAUAAGUCGCGCAGAUUAUAUCCAGUGAUUGAAAUUUACGGAACCUUCUAACAUUUUGAAGAUGCCCGCGAGAUUAGCUACGGGUGAGCUAAAGAAAGAUUAGACAAACAUCUACAGCUACCUUUUAUCUCCGGACGAGCAUAUCACAUGUUUGAAACUCACUCUAAGGAUUGUAAUGGCCUAACACCUGCUGUUAACAUCUCAUUCCAUGCCUAACAGUUAAUGCAAGACGAAAGGAUGUGCAAGACCACUGCCAAUGCCCUGAGUUUGCUGUUAGCGCACUUACUCAUCAAAUGUGAUGACAGGGGAAUGAUGGUUAGGAGAAUGGUGAGUGUGUGUUACCGUGAAACAGACUGUGUUCAGUUUUACAACUUCUUUUGCUGUUUUGCGAUUGGUUAUUACAUUUUGACAAUUUACACAGUCUGCAAAUAAAAUGUAUCGCCCAA